AUGCCGUCACCGAAUCAUCGCCCCCGAGCUUCGCUGGCUUCGACGAGCACAGGAGCGGCCAUACGGCGGGGAGAUUUGAAAAUCUCGGACCCAAUACCCUUCAGCGAAUCAAGGGACAUGUUCACUUCUUCUGCUUCAGUUCCCUCCCCUGGCUUUGCUUCUGCUUACCGGCCCAACGACACUACCUGGCCACACCAAAGCCCUCCGCCGCGAGAGUACCAUAAUCGCCAUGUGAGCGAGGUACCGGUCAAUAUGACCUUGCGGAAUUCCGCCGGUCCGUCGCUCAUCCCAAGUUCCAUGUCUUCAGUGCCUUCCAAGUCGUCCAUGAGCCAAAAGAAGCCACGAGGGUUGCGUGCAGCUCUCAUGCGUAUGUUUAAAGGAAGGAAACAUCAGUCUGCUCCUGCCCAAGCCAACAAUUACCAUUACAGUGACCCAGGCCAACUCCUACCCGUCAAUGAACAGCAUCAACCCACACAACCAGAGCCUCCACAACCUCGCGGACACGCAAUACCACCUCAGGCACUGACUUCACACUCGAUUCAUUCGAAUUUCGCGGAAAAUCUUCCGUCACCACCUCGGCGCCGGCGUCGAAACACGUUACCUAGUUUGGUGUUCAGUGAAAAGGACCUGGAUUCAUUGGCUGCUCUAUCGACUGAGACCAAACGUGCCAAAGAGGAUUGUGUCUCUGAUGGUCAGUUGAAGCGUCGAUCUAGGAGUGCUGACCAGCUCAAUGAGGCCUUGCGGUCAAGUGGUAUGGAGCGUUCACCUACCCGCGACCGCGCCAGUGAAAUUGCAUAUUGGCGAAACAGUGCGAUUGAGAAUCCUGUUCCCGUGUACAGCGGGCAGUCGAUUGCUGUCGACCCUGUGCAUGUCACCGGCCCUGUGAGUUCGACAGAAGAAUCUGAACGAGGCUCCUCGAGUGCGGCCAAUCCGAUGCAAGCGUUCGAUUUUGGGUUGGAUCUUUCCACCGUCGACAACACUAGCCUGUCGCAAAGAAUAAAUACAUUGGAGAUCAAGCUCAUUGACUUUGAGUAUGCCAUCGCUAAACUGCAAGGGACGAAGCUCUCCAAUCCCGUGAGAGACUCGCGGCACUUCGCCGAAGGACAAAUUGACAAUGUCUUCCCCGCUGAUCGCGCGGACACAACUUUAGCUUCGUCUUCAUCGCAAGACAGUAGCUAUCCAGCUUCUUCUUCUCCAAACACUGUGAACAAUAUGAGCUUUCUCUCGUCGCCAGGCGAUUCACCUCCCUUGUCACCAGAAAGAGAAGAUCUGUUCCGCCCUCAGCGAAGCAGCAAGGCUACAACUGCAACCAUCACGCCAUAUAAUUCCAAGUCCAAGACACCACCCCCACCAGACUCGCCGACUUCGAUCCAUAUACCCUUGGACAAGUUUGCAGCCCUCUUGGAGAUGGUCAAGGAUGAAAAAGCCGCGCGACUGAGGUUAGAAGAGCAAGUAAUGGAGCUUCAGAAAGAGGUUGAAAGCCUCAAGGCUCCAGUAUACGCCUCUAUUAGAGAAGCGCCGUACCCGACGCCUAGUCCCGAGUCAUCUCACCACCCACCUGCGACGCCACGAGCACUACACCGAUCUCCAGGAUUCCAACUAAACUACCCUCCCCCGGAGAUUUCGCGCUUCAGCGGAACUGAUCAGGAAUCGGAGAACGAUCAAGAAGAAGAAGAAGGGUUCGAGGAAGUUUACGAAACGCCCUUAGAGAAUUCUAGAAAGACUUUUGAGAUUUCUCGAGAUGAUGUACGACUGCCGGUAAUAUGA